AUGCCGGAGGUGGCUUCGAAGGGCGCCGCUAUUUCCAAGAAGGGCUUCAAGAAGGCGGUGACGAAGAUGCAGAAGAAGGAGGGGAAGAAGCGCAAGAAGUGUCGCAAGGAGAGCUACUCGAUUUACGUGUACAAGGUGCUGAAGCAGGUGCACCCCGACACCGGCAUCUCGUCCAAGGCCAUGAGCAUCAUGAACUCCUUCGUCACCGACAUCUUCGAACGCGUCGCGGCCGAGGCGUCGCGCCUGGCGCAUUACAACAAGCGCUCGACCAUCACGUCGCGGGAGAUCCAGACGGCCGUGCGCCUGCUGCUGCCCGGCGAGCUGGCCAAGCACGCCGUGUCCGAGGGCACCAAGGCCGUCACCAAGUACACCAGCUCCAAGUGA